AUGUCCCAUACCAAAGCUGUGGUGGCCACAGACCUGGUGCAUGCACACGGCGUGCCUUACAACUCGGCGGACAACUUCUUGCGUGUUCUGUCGGAGCGUGAAGCUGCAGCAGGCAAGAAGGCAAUGUCGUUGAUCCGGCUCCGCCAGGAGAUCGAGUGUGAUGCCACAUCACUCGGCCGCUUCUUUGUGAAGCCUGACAACAUCUUCUACGCGGACCAGAUCCAAGAUUUGCAGCAGAAGAAACGGGCCUGUUUGAAGUCUUACCCAGUCCAUGUGCGUGUCGUCGGCGCCAUCCAGCGGGGUGGCUUGAUGGUGGUGAAGUUCAUGACGCCGAAGGUUACUCUUCCCAAGGCUCGGCCGCCUGUCGAAUCGAUUCGGGAGAUUGACAGGUCAGGCCUUGCAAAGUACAUUGGAGCAGACAAGAACACAGCAAUCUACUCAGAUGGUGCUCCGAGCUGGCGAACCUUUGCCAAGAAGCUGAAGAUCCCUGUGGCUCAGGUGUCACACCAGCAACGACAAUACGCAGUGCAGCUUCGACGUGCUCCUCGGCCCAAGCUGAGUAAAGUCGGAGGCACGCAGUGCAUCGAUGCUGCUUGGGGAAGCCUGAAGCGCUUCAUGCCGAAGCAGGUAAAAAGAAAAGGAAAAAUGAAAGGCGUCAGUUGCAUGAAUGCAACGUUGGAACGCCGUGUGUACCAAUGGCUCUGGCGCAAAAACCUCAGAGCUGAUGGAGAUGUCACGGGACAAGAGUUCCUGCUGCACUUGUCGAAGGCUUGUCCGCAGCACCUGCCAAGCAGCUUUGAUUGUUUAGGUCUUGGACGUCAUGGGACAUCUGCAGAAUUGCCACACCUCACAUCUCUUGACUACCUCACUAGGCGUGGGUUCAAGAAGCGUGAUGGAAAUGGAGAUGGCAAGGUCUUCCACGUGGAGCUUCUUGAUGCCGAAGGCGGUGAGAUCCGUGCAAGCUUCUUCAAUGAAGCUGCCGAGAAGUUCUUUGACCUCAUGGAGGUCGGGAAGUGCUUCAAACUGAGCAGGGGCAGUGUCCGCAUUGCCAACAGGCGGAACUUUGUCAAGAGGAACCUCACGAUUGCGGUCGGGGUCUUGGCUCGUGGUGAAGCUGCCCUUCCAAGCGUUGAAGCUAUCAUCUUACUUUUGCUGAUUGCAUGUUUGUUUGUUUUGAUUGAGUCCUCUAUGAUUCCUGGACUUGAGGAUGACAGUGCCAUGAGCAUGAUUGUCACAAUCUGGGCAGAGCGUGCUCAGAAGGAGGAUACUGUCUUCAAGGGCAACCCAGUGGUGGUCAUGAAGGGUGUGAUGGUGAAGGAAUGGCAAGGAGGUCGAAGUGGCUCAUUGACAGAGGGCGGUUUGAUGGUGAUGCAGCCUGACAUUCCAGAAGCAAAAGCAGUCUCAGCGUGGUGGCAGUCGACGGGCCACGCCCAAGAGAUCACCUUCAUCUCCCAGACUAACGGCUUGCCUGGACCUCGAGCCUCUGGAAAGACUAUGGACAUCAUGCAGAUGAAGCAGGCAUCUGAGCAGAUGGUGACUGAGCAAGAGACCUUUUCGAUUUACUGCCGCUUGGCUGCUGUGCAGACUCGCAAAAGGGAUGAAGUGCAGCCUUUGGUCUACAAUGCCUGCAUGGAGCUCAAGGAUGGGAUGAAUGGACGGACUCUCCCGUGCAAUCGUCGCGUUGAUGAGAACGGCUUUUGUGCAGUGUGCGACAAGAAGGGCAAGGCUGGACCUCGUUUGAACCUGCGCUGCCGCUUUGAAGAUGCAUCUGGAAACUGCUGGCUUACAACUUUCCAUCCGGCAGCGGAGAAGAUCUUGGCACUCUCAGCACAGGAGGUGCUUGUUUGGGCACUCUAUUAUUGA